UCGAAGAAGAAAAUGAAACAGAUUGUGAUCCUGUGUGUGUUGGUGGCACUCUCGCAGUGCAUCAGGGUAGAGUUGAUCAAGGGUAAAACUGCACGGCAGAGGCUGCAGGAGAAAGGCCAAUGGGAGGAAUACAGGAAGAAAUAUCCUUAUACCCCCUGGGUCAAGUUUGAUCAGACUGCUGAAGAGCCCAUGACCAACGAUGCUGAUCUUUCCUAUUAUGGUGUAAUCAGCAUUGGAACUCCUCCUCAGUCCUUCACGGUGCUUAUGGACACAGGCUCAUCUAAUCUGUGGGUGCCGUCGGUCUCCUGUUCGAGCCAAGCCUGCCAAAACCAUGAUCAGUUCAAUCCACAGCAGUCCAGCACUUUCCAGAACGCCAAUGAGCCUAUCUCUGUGCAGUAUGGCACCGGCAGCAUGACUGGCUACAUGGGAUAUGACACUGUGACGGUUGGUGGAAUCUCAGUGCAAAAUCAGAUCUUCGGACUGAGUGAGACUGAAGCUCCCUUCAUGGCCAGCAUGACAGCAGAUGGCAUCAUGGGUCUGGCCUACCAGUCCAUUUCAGCUGAUGGUGCCACUCCUGUCUUUGAUAACAUGAUGAGUCAGGGUUUGGUCUCCCAGGACGUCUUCUCAGUCUACCUGAGUAGCAAUGAACAACAGGGCAGCGUGUUGUUCCUGGGAGAGAUCGACACCUCCUACUACACUGGCGGCAUCUACUGGAUCCCUCUGUCUUCUGAGAGCUACUACCAGGUCACCAUGGACAGUGUGACCAUCAACGGACAAGUAGUUGCUUGCAGUGGUGGCUGUCAAGCUAUUGUUGAUACCGGGACCUCCUACAUUAUUGGACCAAGCAGUGAUGUCAGCAACCUGAAUGCGUAUCUUGGUGCUCAGACCGACCAAUAUGGAGAUUCUGUUGUGAGCUGUAGCAGCGUCCAGAGCAUGCCUUCAGUUUCCUUCAACAUUAAUGGCUACGAAUUCCCCAUCCCUCCCUCAUCAUUUGUCUCCCAGGGCUACAGUGGCUGCCAAACAGGUUUCUCAGGUGGCAACUUCGGGAGCAGUUUCUCCUGGAUCUUGGGUGAUGUUUUCAUCAGGAAUUGGUACACCAUCUUUGACAGAGCGAACAACAAUGUAGGCCUGGCUGAGCUGGCUUAACUAAUGGCAAUGAG